AUGGUGAAUACUUUGACGACGGUAGUCCUUGUGAUAUGCAUCGCCUUAGCAACGAUCGCAGCCUUCAUUUGUGCGGCCACUUUGGCUGUUGCUUCACCAUGGUGGCCACAGCGCAAAAGAACACGACGCGGACACGCGUCUGGAAAGAUGUCAACCUCGCCAGUGAACCUCCUUCGCCGAGCUAUUGAAGCCUUUUCUCUUACCUCACCUCAAACAAUUCCACGCACUCGGGACACAUCAAGGCGCAGUUCCAUCUUUGCCGAAAGUCAGUCAAUUCCAUUGCGAGGUCAUCCUGAAAGAAAGCGGACACUUUCAUCAACAGCGGCAACACCAAUAGCCACUCCACCUCUCCCACAAUAUUCCCCAGCUCCUCGUUUUACUACUGCAGAGGCACCAGGUGGAACCAUCAACUAUCGCGUCUUCAUCGAUGCUACGGGUAAAGACAACCUUACAGUUCGUGUUCACCUCUACUAUGCAACAAACUUGCCUGCGAUAAAACCGUGGAAGAACUCCAACUACAUCGUAAAGGCAGCUCUAAUUGGGUUCAAAUCUCACUUUGUACAGACCAGUGGAGUUGUUACAGCAGUGUGUGGAUCUCCACGAUUCUCUGAAGGUCAUCCAUCGGUGUUGGAUUUUGUUCUUGACUGUGGAAUGCCCUUUAAUAAAUCGGAAGAGGAGGUUCAACUUCGCCUGAUGAUAAUUGAAUUCAGUGGCAGAAAACCGGGUGAGAAAGCACUGUUGGUGGCCACCAAGGAGUACCGAUUUAGUCAUCAUACACUGAGGGGAAAGUCAACUCUAUCUACUGAUCUUAGUUGGGAAAGGUGUAAGCCGUGCAUCGAUGUGAGUUCCGCAUCUUCACAGUACAAAGAAAAUUCCUUUUAUUUUUGCAGUUAA